UGUUAGGUUGUAAUUUAGUUAGUCCUCCAUGGUCUAGAUCUGGCUUGAGUUUAUAAGUUCUUUGAAAGUUCACCAAAGUGUUGAAGUGUUUGUUAAAUGCUCCAAACAGCGUUUAUCCCACUGUUUAUUCAGUAUUAAUAUUCGAACGUGGCUGCCAGUUGUAACCCACAUUUGUAAUUUCGAAUCUUGAGAGUGAGGGUUAUGUUCUAAUUCAACCGGCAUUUCAGCUGACGAUAAGCCGACUUUUCUAUCCCAAUUGAAACCUAUGUUAACGUCAACUAGCAAUGGCAAUAUUUACGAAUCAAUUGACGAUAUUAAAAUGCGUUGGGAGCUCACUAAUAUCGCGGAAUUCGAAUGUCCAGUUAUUUUCUUAUGUCAGAGCCUACAGCCGCUGGGCUCAUCGCAAGCCAGUUAAGAUUGUGAAUGAGAAAGAAGUGUUUGGUGAUUCUUAUGAACCACCUCAAGAUAUUCUUAAAGAUGCAACAUUUGCUUUUGCUCGAAGACAAAAACUGGCCAUGAUCGCAGCCAACAAAGCCAAAGCAAAAGAACUAGAUGAUAAAAAAGGAACCCUCAAUGAUGAUGGUACCUUUAUCUUCACCAAACUUGCAAAAGAUGAUCCUAGAAUAAGUACUCUGAUGAUGACUGUAAGGUCACGACAAAAACAAAAAAAGGAAGACAAGAUAUUACUUGAGGGCUACAGGUUAAUCGAAGAUGCGAUGAAGAUCGGUCUUAUGCCAGAGAUAAUUCUAUUCAGCAGAACUCCUGAUUUACAACGAUUACCAUUACCAAAAGAGGGUAUCAAGCUCUAUAAAAUCCCUUAUCGAACGAUGCAGUUGUGGUCAGAUUUGUCCACUUCACCAGGAGUAAUGGGUAUAUUCAAAACUCCGGAUACAAGCAUCUCUAAGCCAGCAGAUGACUCAAUACCUGUUACCAUAAUUUGUGAUAAUGUACGAGAGCCAGGAAACUUGGGAGCAAUUUUACGUGUCGCAGCUGGAGUUGGAUGUGAGCAAGUUAUUCUAACAAAAGGCUGUGUCGACAUGUGGAGUCCGAAAGUAUUACGAUCUGCAGCUGGAGCACAUUUUCGCUUGCCAAUUUACAAGUCUCAAAGUUGGCCAGAAAUUCAAUAUCUGAUAAGUGAAGAUGCAAAAGUUUACAUUGCCGACAACAACGUCUUAUCACCUAUGGAUCCAAGCAAAGAACCAGCAGAAUCUAGCGAAUCUGACUCGAGUUCUGAUUCAGAGAGCGGGAGCGACUCGGAACCAGAACUCGAUGAUGAAACGCAGCAAGUAAUAGAUAAAAUUCGUAAGGAUUUUGACGGUCGACCGGAAUCGUCAGACGGUGAGAAGACACCCAAACGUGCCGCCAAUUCUGCAUCUGGAAGAGAAGUUGGUUUGUACGGUCCUUUAAGGAAAUCGAAUUCCAAGAACUCAGAGGUAGAUACUCUGCCGGUCAUUCCGUAUUUCUCAACGUGUUACACAGCUAACGAAACGAUCCUAAUAGUCGGCGGAGAAACCGAAGGAAUAAGCCAAGAAUCUGUAUCUCUGACAUCUCGAAGAGGUGGUAUACGGAUAAACGUGCCGCUUACGAACGGUGUCGAUAGUUUGAAUACCGGUACUGCGCUAGGAGUGCUGUUGUUUGAAAUAAAGCGACAAUUCUUAAUCGGAUCAGAUGACUCGUGAAUUUUUGAAGUGGCUAGAAUGCAGCAUUCAAAGAUACUAGAUAUUGUUUUGUAAAAAUCAAAGGCAGAUCUUCAGUUGUAUUUUAAAAUUGUUUAUGUACGUCAAAAUAUAUUAUGUAUAAAAAAACA